UUGAGCUCUUGGUGUCUGAGUGUUAUCGUUGAAAGCAUGGACACAGGCUUUGAAGAGAUAUGCAAGGCGGUCCUUGUGUUUGCAGGAGCUGGUGGAGUUGUGAUUCUGACUCCUGCCAUUCUGACUUUACUGGGGUUCACUUCAGCUGGAAUAGCAGCAGGCUCCAUCGCUGCCAAACUGAUGUCAUAUUUAGCAAUCGCUAGUGGAGGUGGAGUUGCAGCAGGAGGUCUCGUAGCAAUCUUGCAGUCCUGGGGUGCGUCAGGUCUGUCAUGGGCUGCCACUUUAGUGUUUGGCAGUGUUGGAGCAGCAGUGGCUUGGGUGCUCUCAACCGUGUGUAAUGUGACUGUGAUAUAUGAAGAUUCACAUAGAGAAUAA